GGGUGGGACUACAAUGGCGUCCGCAAAGAACACAUCCACAAGCGCUGGACCAUCUGCCCUCGGGGAGGGACGACCUGUACAGCAACCUACUCCUCAGUAUAUGCACACAAAGGGAGCACCAUGGUUUUUGGACUUCGUUGUUUAGGGGGACCUUUUUGGGCCAGCUGUUUUCAUGCGACCCACUUGCGUUACAGACACUGGGGGAGCGGUCAAUGUUCUUCCUCUCAGUACCGUCGUCUUGUGCACGAAGAUUCCUGGAGGUUUGCUCAAGCUGCACACUAACGGCGUGUACGACGAGUGCAUACUGCCUAUCAGAGGUGUUAAAGGUGUGGUGGUGACCAUCAAGAGUUUCGCGGGGCACGGCUCGAACAUGCCGUUGUGCUCUCACUUCAAAGGCCUUUACGAUGGCGGCAGCAAGCGUCUUCCAUCGCCUGAGCAAUAUCUUGAUCUCGCGGUGAUGGUGCCAAAAGAAUGUCCGGUUCUUCCGCCAGAGCAUGUUUUCCGGCUUCUGCCACCCUGUGAGGGGUCGUCCGGCUUGGCUCAAGAAACUCCAGGUACGGUAGUGGGGCGCGGGAGUCCGAUUCAAGAAGCUGGGGGUCGGGUCAAGGGACGCAGCGUUCACACGCAGGUCGGCCUGGAUGCUCCUAGGAACACGUCGGACUUGCAUUCUCAGGGUACAGGGACUCAACGGGUCGGUACUCCGAAAAUUAUCAAGGUCCGCUGCGGCGCCGACACGUAUUCGCUUCGAGAUGAGACGAGAAGAGAUUCAAGCAGAGCGGGGCUAUAUGUUGGAGGGAAUGAGGCUGAAGGGAUGGGCGCUGUCCGCCAAAGCUCUGGCAGGGAGCAGACUCCUUCGGAGAAGAAGAGCGAGCGACAGAGGAUGGUGCAAGAGGAGGUGGUGGAAGGAACCCUCCGCAUGAAGAGGAUGAGAGGAAAACCGGAGGCGUUGAUGGGCGGGGAUGGAGGUGGCGACGGAGAACGUGCCUCGGGAAAGAAGCCGACGAACGAAGAGGGUGGGACGGCAAGUAAGAAAGCGAGGAGGCCAGGCGGUUUGACCAUCCGCGAAGGACAAGCCGCGGGUGGAGGAGAUUCGACUGAUCCAGGCGUUGCGGCCGCGAGAGAACCUUCGGGGAAAUCGAAACGGAAAGUGGCAGCUGAAGAAGGCGAUGGCCAGAAGAAACCUCGAAGGUGGAAGACUGCUGAGGCGGCGAGCGGUGGCGAAGGGCCUGUCGGUCAGGAGUGCGACGAAGCGGCAGCGUUCUGGCUCGAAUACGAGCGGAACGAUGUUGGUGAAAUCGUGGAGAAGGAGCUCCCCGUCCAACUGCUCGUCGACCCCAGGAAGGUCUGCGACAUCCCGCCUUGGGAAAGAUAUUACAACCACCGCAGUCUAAGUUGCGAAACUGUGGACGACAUCAAGGAUGUGAUGCUGAGUCACUUCCGCGAGAAGAAGAUCUGGCCGAAAAACCCUCUCGUUUUGGCACCCAUCUACAAGCCGGUGUCGCGUAGGCCGGAGCAAGCAGACAGGGUUCACAAAGAUGUCUUCAAGCCAGAGGACAAGGACAAGUAYUACUAUUACCCUGUUAACGGACAACACACCGUGGCUGCUGUGAAGGAGUUGGAGGGAAGGCUGAUGGCCAUUCAAGGGAACCCUUCCGGCAAGGAGGCUGAAAAACAAAAGUUCUUCGAUUUCCAAAAGCUGAUUUUGGGAAAGAGUCCGAACGGAGCUCACUGGACGUUGGCACAAAAAGAUUCGUCGCUCGUCGACAAGGACUAUGUCGCUGCAGUUGGCAAUGCAUUGAGGCAGUGGAUGCCGCUCGUGACGGCCGGUGACGACGUUUUCCACAAAGCCAUGGAAUUCUACGCAAAAUGGGCGAAGGGGAAGUUGUUGGGCGGCGACGGCAAGACGCCAUUGUCGAGGCCGGGCAAAUACAUGCCAAACAAAUCUCCGGGUCUGCAAGCAAUUCCGGAAAUGGGCUCGAAAGGGGCGACUGGUGAAACGAAGAUGGGGUGGCUGGUCCGGGUCCCACGGCCUCCGACCAAAAAGAAAACGCAAGCGGGCGACAAGUUUUUCGUGGUGGUGAAGGAGCCAGACAUGUUCUGUUGGCAGUGUCUCGCAGACAUGACCGAUGUCGACAAACUGUCGAUCCUUGACAACAUUCUCGCGCUAAGGGGAGUGUUCGUGCAAUCCGCGGGCGGCCAUAUGAAGCGUCAGCAUAAACCAGGAAUUAAAGACAUGGUCGCGAUGGCGAAAGAAGACUGUGUAAUGCUCCGUAUGUUCCACUACAUCUUGUUCCUUGAAACGGAGGCGGACGAACGUGUUUGACGCUACGGGAGCUCUUUUUUCCGCACCGAGGGGCGGCUUCUGGAGGAGUUCGGGCCGCAGGGCCUCACGA